AUUUAGUUCAUUGACAACCAGUGUUGUUAUUGUUAGGAAAACUUCCAUGCAAAAUUAACGUCCAUAACAACCACUCUCUUUAUUAAUUCAAAAGAAAUUCAAGAGUGUUCGUUAUGGCUACAGCGUCAAUGUACCGCGAAAAAGACUUUCUGAAGUUGCUCAAAAUUGCUCCUAUCAGAAUAAAUCGGAUUGAAACAAGACCAUUAUACCACUGAUUUUUUGUUUCGUUCAGGUCCAGACCUUCUCUCCUCUGUUAACUACCAGAACGUUACUAUAGAAAACUAUCUUCGUCUUGAAUGAAGUCAAUUGAAAAUUAAAGCUGGAGCUAGGGAAUGUGUACUAGCUACUUGUCGGCACAUUUAAAAGGUCUGCGUGGUAGAGGUUUGCGGAGAAGUCAACCUCUCAUUGUCUAUUAAAUCGUAAGAUAUCGCCAACUGGAGAAACCUAACCUAUGACACGUCAACUUGUUCUUAAGAGCAGAGAUUUUAGAGAGAUUCACGCCUCCAAAUUCUACUAGAACGUCCUGCCAUUUUGGCAGUCACCUCUGACAAGGACAGCGGGCUCGACAGAUUUUAGCCGCUAUAACCUUGUUAACACUUUGCUACAGUAACUGAGAGUCUUAAAAUAUCAAAGGUCGUCCUGUGUGCAACAAAAACAACAUCAGCUUGCUCCACCUAACGUUUUUCGGUUUUCGUCUUUGGCAUUCCCUUUUUACUACCCUUUUAGAAGAAUUUAGAGUUGUCAGUAGAGAAAUUAAUUGAAAUUUCUUCCAAAACCAAUAUCAAGUGACAAUAUUGCGAAAAUGUUCGUACUUAUUUGCAGAGGAGAAAACAAACACAAAAUUGCAAUAUAGAUGACACUUCAUCCCCGAUCAGCCGUUGCAAAGCAUAAUUGUUAUCAAGUUAGGACAAUGAACAUAAAUUUGUUUUCACUCUUUUCUGAGUAAUUCACCAUGGAUUGUCUACAUGGAUUGGCAACAUACUUCGCGCUAAAAACAAACAUUAUACAUAUUAAAAUGACUUGUAGAUAUUCAACUUGAAAAGGGAAUCGCAAAAUAUGUUAGUCGAUUCACAAAUCGUAGAGACCAAUUGCGGAAUAACGUACACCAAGAUCUUCUAUUUAAAUAACGACUUUUAAAACACAUCGAAAAUUGUGCAGAUUGUACUGUAGCCUACUAGCUGAUAGCAUGCCACAUAAAAAUAUCCCUGUAAACUGCCACCUGUCAAUAUGGUUAAGAAAACCUGCUGUAAGUAUCAUUUAAGCCAAAGUUAGACAGGUGUUUAACCAAUCAGUGCGCGUAUCGAGACGCGUCUCUUCAGAGAUGUAAAUAAAACAGGUGAGUGUAAAGUUUGUUGUCCAGUUUAGUUUUCGAGGCAAAUAUUGCGGGAAUUGGUAGAAACGCACUGGCGUUUCGGACUCAUUUAAGCUCACUGCAAUGCCUAUACCGGAUCGAAGGACAAGCGGCAAAGAAGCGAAAACGACCGCUAAAGAUGUGUUCAGCGGAGAUAAAGGCGAGGAAGGAAAUUUUCAAAAAGCUGGAAAAUUCGUCUUGUCUUCCAAACUCUGGGAACACUCCACUCCGUCCAAAACAUGUGACGUUCUUAUCACGUUUCCCAAAAACACUGAGGACUACACGGUAAUGUGGCUGCUGUCGAGACUUCGAGCCAGAGUCCCGGAUGUCGACGUCCAUGUCCGUCAAAUGGCUCAUUCACCAGUCUACGGUUUUUAUCUCACGUCUUCAUUUGAAGUGUUUCUCCAACAAGCCGAGCAUCUGGGUUUGAAGAAGAAGCUUCGCAAGGGUGGAAUAACGGAGUUUAAGUACGAUGAACGAGAUACCUUCGAGAAUUCUGAUGAUCCUACUGUGUUCUUCAACUCUGGUGAGAGACAGAGUAUGAUUCUAGAGAUGGUGAACGACUUGAGAGCCGUGCAAGGUGACGAACUGGGGAAGAUUAAGUUUGUGGAAGGACAGCAGAUUGUCCCCAAGCUGUUGUCGGAAGGCGUGGUGGAAAAGAUGUUUCCUCUGCACAAUUCAGACGACUUAGCUAAACUGAGGAAGACCUGGGUCUCAGCAUUCUUCAAGAAACAGCCUUUAGACGACAUUUGUCAAUAUUUCGGUGUGAAGAUCGCCAUGUAUUUCGCCUGGCUUGGUAUGUACACUAAAUGGCUAAUAGCGCCCGCGGUCCUCGGGAUCAUAACCUUCAUUCUGUCCAACAGAGGCGAGGUAACGCGUGAUUGGUGCAUCUUCUUUUUCAACAUCUUCAACAUCGUUUGGGCUACGCUCUUCCUGGAGGCCUGGAAACGAAAGAGCGCCGAGCUUGCGUACAAGUGGGGUACAAUGGACAUGCCAUCUGAUGCACUGAAGGAGCCAAGACCAUUAUUUAGGGGUGAUUAUCAUAAAAGUGAAAUAACUGGGAGAAUAGAAGCACACUACCCAUCCUGGAAAAGAAACAUCUUCCGUUACUGUGUGUCACUGCCAAUCAUCCUGACGUCACUGGGUGUCGUCGUAAUCAGCAUGUUGCUGUGUUUUGAGUUUCAACGCUGGGUAGAUGGCAUGGAGAAUCCUCCAAAACCUCUCAAAUUUGCUCCUAAAGUCGCCUUGGCUGUGUGCAUUGGAAUGUUGGAUGACAAUUACAAGAAAGUGGCCUACCAUCUGAACGACAAAGAAAACUAUCGUCUACAGGAGACAUAUGAGAACCAUUUGAUCAUCAAACUUGUCUCGUUCCAGUUCUUUAACGCCUUCAUGGCGCUCUUCUACAUCGCCUUCUUCAUCCGGGACAUGGACAGGCUCAAAACGCAACUUGCCGCACUGCUCAUCACCAAGCAAGUUGUUGGGAACGUCAAAGAAGCUUUGGUUCCAUUUGUCAAGCAAAAAGUGAAGGAAUGGAAACUGAAGAAGCAAGACGCCAAAGCAAAGAAAGAGCUGGACGAGAAAGAAGGGAAAGACAAAGCGACUGGCGAAAAUAAAUCAGAUAAACCAAAGGAACUAGAUUCGCCACUGAUGAAUCAGGCUGAAAUCGAGGCCACCAUGGCAGAAUACGAGGUAAAAACAGUAUAGUUCUCGUACCGUUCGACUUAACAAGCCCCCUGUUUCGAAAGUGAUUCGUUUUUUGCUUGCAUUGCAAGCAAAUGCACGCACACCAAAGCGCGCGCAAUAUAAAUAAGGUAAAAUCUGCGUCGUGCCAAGUGGUCUAUACCGCGAGAGCUUAUCCCUGUUUCCAUAGCAUAAAGCGACCAGGAAUAUGGAUGCCAUGCUAAUCCAUCUUAGGGUUACCAGCAUGAAAUUCGCCAGU